AUGAACAGUACAUUAUGGAAAUAUGGACCGUCAUGGAUUUGCAACGGAGAGACAUGGCCAUGUUGGAGCCCACAACCGACCUCGGUACAUUCGGUAUUGGAAACAGAAGAUGAAUGCACGACAACGUCAAACGACCUUACUACUAACCCUGAAAAUAUUCUGAACAUCGUAGACGUAUCAAGAUUCAGCGAGUACAAAAAACUACUACAUGUAGUUGCAUUUGUAUUGCGAUUUGUGAAAAAUUGCCGACUUCCCACAUCCGACAGAGAAUUCAACAGUUUAACAUCCGAAGAGCUGAACAGAGCCGAAAAGAACUUGAUAAAAGGAUGUCAAAAGAACGCAUUUUCCAAUGAAAUUAUGAAAAUGAAUUCCAAUGGAGCCAAGCCAUCUCGUAUUAGACAGCUUCGUCUAUUUCUUGAUACGGAUGGAUGCAUACGUUGUAGAGGUAGGAUUUGCUAUGCCGAAAUAGACAAUGAGACAAAGAACCCUUAUUUACUACCAAAGAAGGACGCGUUAACACACUUGAUCAUCAGAGAUGCUCAUCAGCGGAGUGGCCAUUCCAGCACGAAUGCAACAGUGUCAUACAUCCGACAAAAGUUUUGGAUACCAGCCAUCAGACAAGCUGUAAAAUUUGUCACGCGGAAUUGUGUGAUUUGCAAAAUUGUACAUGGAAAACACUAUUCCUCACCAGAGCUGCCGCCUUUACCCUAUUUUCGUACGGAGGAAUCAGCGCCAUUUACGAGUACAGGCGUAGACUUCACAGGAGCUUUAUUCAUCAAGGAACGGAACCGAAGAGAAUCUAAAGCUUAUAUUUUCCUAUUUACGUGUGCUAAUACAAGAGCUGUUCAUCUAGAGACAGUCAGUGAUUUAUCCGAACAAUCAUUUUUACGGGCGUUCCGUAGAUUUGCAAGCCGAAGAUCCGUACCUAAGCUAAUCAUCUCAGAUAAUGCGCCAACUUUCAAGUCUGCAGCGAAUUACCUGAAGCAACUGUUUGAAUCUUAA